AUGACCUUGGCCGCCCUCAUACACAGAGAAGCCAACUGCAGCGCUUUGAGAUCCAACCAAAGCCUCCCACACGCCAUUGGCGAGGAGUGUAUCCAUAGAUCUCUGAGUGUCAAGCUACCAAAUAGUACAGAACUGAGAAAUGUGUUGGGGGGUCUGCUCAAGGCAUCAGCUGCUCGCAGGGUCCCGGGCCAGCCACUUGAAGUGACUGCCCGUCCUUCUUGUGGUCUCCGGCACCAGAGGGAGUGCAACUCCCUCUGGUGCCGGAGAACGUCAUAUGCGGUGCGCCCGGCUUCCGGUCAAGCAAUCUGGGGAGAGGACUGCCUAGUGCAGAAGUUCCGAAAGGGCCUUUGGCUCGACGGCCAGAGCCAGGCUUCCGAGGACCCCUUCGUUGAUGGUGGCCUUGCUCAGGGCAGCACUCUUUCGGCCACGGCCUCUUCCUUCCAGCCCAUCGAUCAGAGGUUCAAGGGAAAGAAUGCACUUGUCGCUCUGAGCCAGGGUAUGGACAUCUCAGCCGCCCGCCUCGUCAACAUCUUCACCAACUUUACUCUGUUCACAUCUUCCCCGACACACUGGGGCCGCCUGGCUAAGAACGUGGAGUGUCGUGUCCUAGUCGACGUGGUCGGAUUUAACAAAUACCAUCUUGCCCAAGGAAAACGCGAGAACAAGGACCCAGAGAUUGAGGUCCACCACCGUGGCUCCCGUGGGUUGAACAACAUCGUCGACCUUGGCGAACUCAUCGCCGGACGUGAUGCCCGGACGACAAUCAUGCUUCAGAACAUUCCCAACAAGGAUGGCCAACCUCCUUCGGCGCAAGUUGCCGGCGUCUCUCUUUUGGGAGGCCCGGUUGCUUGUUUCGACUCAGGUUGGCUGGAAUUGUUUGGUGACUUGGUUGCCCGUCGCUCGGUCUACGGUGCUCACAUGCUGCCUCGCACUACUGAGUUCGGGGUCACCAUCGAGGAGGCCCGCCACCUGAAGCAAAAGCAAAAGGCCGCCAACGCCGGCAAGGGAGUUGCUGCCCAGGACGCCGCCACCCAGGAUGGGGGUGGCAUCUGGUGUGGCACCCAGAACAACAACCUCAUCUGA